AUGUACAUGAUUAACAAAAGUGGCGAUGUUGGUGCUUUUUUAGGCUACAAGACCUUCACUAUAGUAAUACCAGAAAUAAAAGACGAUCCACAUUCGUCUCAUCCUUUUGUGAGAAUCUCCAGUUGGAUUUAUCCUCUUAUUCGUUCCUUUUCACCUAUUUAUUGUUGGGGCUCAGACAAAAUCAUAUUUCCUGAACCAUUUUCAAGCAUCAAUUCUCCAGCAUAUAUAAUUGUCCGUCUCCCUCGUAAUUGUUCUGAUUUCCAGAAAGCCACUCUAUGGAAUAUUCUCGAUAUACUCGCUCACGUCAAAGAUAAAUUCUGCGCCAAAGUAAAAAAUGAAAGCCUCAUCCCUAAUAAGAAAUUCUUCCUUACUGAAAUACAACCAUUCGAUAAUUACGAUUUAAACACCGAACCGUUUAAAGAAAACCAUCUUGACACAAAAAUCUUGAAACCCCUGAAGUUUCCAGAACUUUCAUACAAGGGAAAGCGAUUUACAUCUCUUCCUGCAAGGCUUGCGGUGUCUCUUCAAGAAACUGAGAAGGUUGGCAUUUCUAAAGAAAUUAACGAGACAGUGAACUCAAGAAAUUGUUGCUACCAGCCAGAUUUUUGUCCCACAAGGCGUCAUGAUAUUGUUCCCUGUUCUCAUAUAAAGCCUGAACAUACUUCCUCUUUUCCAGGUGAUAUGGAUGAAAGGGUUACAAUGGGCGGUAUUUCGCAUGAUUGGAUAUCCCUUCCCAAUUACUCUGGAAAUAUUAUGAGACAGUAUAUACUUGGUCCAAGUGACAAACAGCACAUUAAAAUUAGUACCACUCCCAAGACUAUUAAAAUACCCUAUAUUUUGCACUUCGCCGUUAAGGAGACAUUUUGUGAAUUGGUCCGCCAAAGAAAGGAGAAGGAGCAGUUGGGAAUUCCACCUUCAUUUGACGCAAAGAGGGAACACUUGUUUGGAGGUUUUGGAGGAGCGAAUGUUUUAAGUGCAUAUGGACCGGAUUUACCCACAAAAGUAAUACAGGAAAAAACAGGUUUAUUUCAUCCGGUGGAAAAAUUUAGAUAUAUACAGCAUUUAGAAUCCGCAGCAGAUUAUUUUGACAAUAUGUUAGAGAAGAAAACAUUCGUUCUAAUUUCACUGGAACCGGAUGAGGAGAAAGUGGAUCGACUUGAUCAGUGUGACUUGUCUGGGGCUUUAAUUCCACGGCCAAUUUACAUUCGAUAUGCUGAAUGCGAGAAACGCUUUGGCACUCUUAUGACGUUAUCGAUCACUGUCGAGGAACCUAAAAUUGUCGACACCAUAAUGAAUGAAGUGAAAUGUAUUAACGAAUGCAUUAAAAUCAACGGAUAG